CUUCACACCUUGGCAUCUCAUUACACAAUCCAUCAACUUCACUAUAUUUAUUCGAAAUCCAGUUGCGUAGGGUUUGACUUUCGACCUAACACCUUUGCCUUUAUAAAGGUACCUAUUAAGUGUGCUAUUUCGAGGGACUCGGGAUUAUUUUCGUUUUGUUUAUAACAAAUCGGUUGUUACCUGUUGACCUGCUUCGUUACCCUCCCACUCAUCCCAUCUCUAUCUUAAAUUACCUACAUAGGUGCUUGUCAACAUCGCAUCUCCAUUAACUUGGUGCUUUCGAAUGCUCACUCCCCUCCACCAUGGCGGAUAAUCAAGUAGAUCCUGAUUUUCGCUCCAUCGUUAACGCUGCUGCCGCUACAUGGUAUUCUCGCCACUCGAAUUCACCCGAACAAGCUCAGUCUGACAGCAGCGAUGGCCCACCGAAAGCUGACCCCCACCGCCCAGAUGGAAAUGGUGGUCCGGCAACGAAUAAUUCGGUAAUCCGUAACAGCGUAACCGCCUGGGAAAGCGCAUUAGAAGUCCUACCGGAUGAGCUGAAGAGUGUCUCACCCCCAAUUCACCCGCUGGCCCAGGCUUUGGCAGAGCAGCCGGCCUUGCGUGAAGUCGAAUGGAAUGCCUAUAGACAGCAAGGCGGAUUCAGACCGAGAACAGCUAUUGACUACAGCUCCUUGAUGAUCUACUUAUCGGGUCAAGUUAACCCAAACCCGUGUCGUAACUGCCGGUUAAAAAAUGGCCCCUACGCCCGCUGUAUCGUGGCACCCCCGUCUGUCUUAGCAUUAAGCAGCCUGAAGCAUGCGUGCGCAAACUGCACCUACCAGAACCAGCAUAGAAAGUGUACAAAUCUCCCCAUUGAUGAUGAGGAAUUGGUCGCCAAGAGCCGCAUGGCUAGAUCAUCACUAAAACUAAAGAAUCCCACUACUAUGAAAACCCCUGGUCGGAGACCCAAGUCUACCUCUAAUGGCACUCCUCAUUAUACGCCAAGCCUCAAGCCGGAUCACGGGCACAUGAUUCGUAAGCCCAGCGCGCAAAGUAUCACUGCAGAUGCGUUCAGCGACAAGCUUCGUCAAGUUCGUUCGUGGUCACCCCGGUCUCGACGGCGGAUGAAGGCUGAAGUAAUGCAAUGGCAGGCAGCCAUCAUGACGAUUGAGGCUGAAGAUACCCAAUCCCUGCCUAUGGACCGCGUGUUUGAAGGUCAAAAACGGCUGAAAAUGUCCAACAGACCUACUGGUCUUCCAUCCGUCUCCCAGACUCCUUCCCAUCCUGGCGGUUCCUAUUCGGGUUUAGCGGCUCCUCCUUCGAUGGAUGAAUCAUUAGAUGAGAUGGAAGCCGAGGAAUACGGUGAGGUAUAUAGCCAACACCAAGCGGCAGAGACUGACGGGGACGAAAAUGAAGGAGAGAGUGAUUACGAAGGCUCACCAUGGGGUGGCUUCAACGAAGUAGGUCACGGACUGAAACCUCCACUCUGAGGAGCGGUACGCGGCCCAAGAUAUAUAUCAGAGCUAUUAUAUUUCAGCGUAUACUACAUGCAUAUUCGCUUGUUUAAUUACUUCGGUAAUGAGUUUAUACCCGAAUUGCUCUAAUUAUAUAUACUACUGAUAAUGCAAACCACAUCCGCUGGAUCUAUGCUAUCAUUCUCUUGGCCACUUGGCUUCAUGUGCCCCUCU